ACGAUUUUCGGGUAUUGUGCGGUUAUCAGCUGCCCAUAUUGCCCUGAACAGAUCAAAGAGAAGAAAGAAGACAUAUAGUCGGUAUUUGAGAUUGCAUAAGUGGUUGCGACAAAUAGCGGGAAUGGCAAGGCGUGUAGUAAAUAUCCGCUCUCCAGAACCUGCUGAUACUCUGAUGCCUAAGAAUGAACUGUUUACGCUGUCAUCAUAUGUGUAUCAAUUGAAGCACGGGUUACCUCAACCGUGUUUGAAUGAUUCUUCCUCUGAGCAAACUUAUAAUGAUGAUGACAGAGAGUUUGAUAGUGAAAGUGAAACUAUUAGUACGAGAGUAAAUAAAAGAGGUCAGAUCAGUAAACACCGCCAUAACAAACCUGCCAUAAGAGAACUUACUGACGAGCCAGAAAUCUUGCAUCAUCAUUAUGAGCAUCGGGAUACGCAGUCAAAUACUACAAAUUCUCUGUUUAUACCAGAAAGUUUGUCUUCGGAAUCUGAUAUACCCUUACCUAUAAGCAAUCGAAGAAAAAUGGGACUCCAUUUAAGUAGUUUAAGUAGCAUUUUCCCAUUCUCUUCUUUUCGUCGAAUACCAAGCUUUUCCCGAUCUACACCAGAAGACAAUCAGCUGCAGGAUGACACUAGGACAGCCGGGGAAACAGACAGAUUAUUAGCACAUGUAGGCACAACACUACCUUCUUAUACGCAUCUUCAAAAUCAAUGGUUGCCAAUUGAUACGAUAGGAACAUGCACUAUACGCGAGAUAUAUAAUAAUGUGUACAGUCACACAAUAAAGCGAUUCUGUCAGUUGUUGGAGAAAUUCAUGUAUAAUUUGCAGCAUCAGAAUAGUCAACAUAAUACUCAAAUAAGAUUUGAAGGUUGGUCCUUAUUUGUCUUUUCACCAACCCAUCCACUUCGCCUGUUUCUUUGGAAAGUCGUCGCUUCAAGUUCAUAUGAAAUCUUCACAUUUGUUCUACUGGUAAUCCAGUGGCUCUUAAUGUCAUUUAUCCCUGUUAUUUUUGAUACAAACCAUCCAUAUAUCGACAGAAGUACGGAUUACUUGCUGUUAAUUAUAUACAUUAUUUAUUCAUUCGAAAUGAUAUCGAAGAUUAUUGUUUACGGCUUUGUAUUAAGAACUCACUCAACGUCGAAGCCGACCUUUUUUACUCUGUUACGAGUAGCUCAAAGAAUUUGUCGCUUAUCGAAAUUUCUUCAGAUAGCCCAUGCUGAUGGGAAUUUAAAGACUUGGAAGUCCCUUAAUCCUUCAGGUCUUCAUAACGGGGAUGACAGCCGGCUUGCUAAUACACUCAAAGACCAGAGUUAAGAUUCAUUACCGUCGUAUGCUGUCAGAAGCCGUUCGUUUUCUUCAGGCACAUUUGCAGCUGAAUCGAUUAGGGACACGUAUUCUUCCAGCUACCGUAGUCCCAGUAAUAGCAGUACUAAAUCACGGUCUCUAUCUGUAUUAUUGAGUCGUAUUAACAAAUCAGUGUCAGAAGGAAAUUAUUUGUUUCAGGAAAGUACUUCUCAAAUUCUAUCACCUAACCCGAACUAUGGAACCAUUAUCAAUUCGAUCGACGUACAUCCUUUAGACAACAUUGAUGAGCGGAAUAACACCGAUGAGGAUGAAGGAGAUAAAAACGAUUUACCAGAGUCGUCGAUGUAUAAUGAACUAGAACAUCAA